AUGGAGCGGUCAGCAUCUCCAGCUCCUCUGGUUUCAGAUUACUCUGUGGCCGUCACAAUGAGAAAGCUUGUUAUGUUGUCACUGGUGCUGCUGCUUCUGCUGAACUCACAACCUGUCACCUCAUCUAAAGGCGUCAGUGCCAGUCUGAAAGCCAAGUGGAGCAUGACCCCCUUUCUUUUGGAGACAUGUGAAUUUGUUGGUGAAGAUGGGAAUGAGAAAUUCUGGCAGUUUGUUGACACUGUAAAAGAACUGACUGUUUACAAGCAAGGAGAGUCUGUCCGCUCCUACUUCAAUCUUAUUAUUAAGAAAGCUGGCCAGUUCCUCACGGACCUCCAAGUUAAUCUUCUCAAAUUUGCUCUGUCAUUACGAACCUACUCCCCAGCAGUCCAUGCUUCCCAGCAGAUUGCACGUGAUGAACCUCCUCCUGACGACUGUGCAGCUUUUGUCUCUAUCCACGGACAACACACCUGUAGCCCCAAGGAUGUCAAGAAGCUGGUGAAGGCAGCAGCAAGCAGGCCAAAACCAUAUUUAUACAAUGAUGAUCACAUAUACGCUGGUGGAAAUAAAACAGAAGUGCCUAUUGUGAUUUUGUAUGCUGAAAUUGGGACCAAGAAAUUCACAUCCUUCCACAAGGUGUUGACUGAGAAGGCGGAGGAAGGAUCCCUUUUGUAUGUGCUUCGUCAUUAUGUGGAAAAUCCAAAGCCUAAAAGCAUGCAUCUGUCUGGUUACGGUGUGGAGCUGGCCAUCAAAAGCACUGAAUACAAAGCUGUGGAUGACACUCAAGUUACAGAUUCAAGGACGCCUCUGGCUGGUGAGGAGGAUGGAAACGAUGAAGUUCAAGGUUUUCUGUUUGGGACUUUAAAGAAAGCUCACCCGGAAUUGAAAGAAGAACUUGGUGAACUGCGCAAAUAUCUCCUUGAGAGCAUGAAUGACCUGGCCCCACUCAAAGUGUGGGAGCUUCAAGAUCUAAGUUUUCAAGCUGCUGCAAAAAUUCUGUCUGGCGCUAAGUUUGAUACUCUCAAGAUAAUGCAAGACCUGAGUCAAAACUUUCCAAGUAAAGCGAGAUCACUGACAAGAGUGGCAGUAAAGCAGGAAAUGAGAAAAGAAAUCGAGGAGAACCAAAAGCAUCUGAGCGAGACAGUCGGUGUGCACCCUGGAGAUGGAGAGCUCUUUAUCAAUGGGCUUCACAUCGAUCUGGACGUUCACAACCCAUUCAGCAUUUUGGAAAUCCUCAGAGGAGAGGCUAAAGUUUUAGAGGGGCUUCAUAAUCUGGGAAUGAAAGGGGAGCAUCAAGCCAAACUGUUAAAAUUACCUGUGAGCGCUGUGGACGAUACUUAUGCCCUGGACAUCAGAGAUCCGGCUAUAAUGUGGUUUAAUGACAUUGAGAAUGACCCAAUGUACCGCAGUUGGCCAUCAGGUGUGCAAGAACUCCUCAGAGCGACCUUUCCUGGAGUCAUACGACAGAUAAGACGUAAUUUAUUCAACCUGGUCUUGUUCCUUGAUCCGGCGCAGGAGGAGAGUGUGGAGCUAAUGAAACUGGCAGAGCUUUUUUACAAGCACAAAAUCCCCCUGAGGAUUGGAUUUGUGUUUGUUGUCAACACCAAAGAUGAGAUUGAUGGUUUCUCAGACGCUGGGGUGGGAUUUUACAGACUGCUAAAUUACAUUGCAGAAGAAUACGAUUUGUCCCAGGCUCUAUUGUCUAUCGUCUCACUGUGCAACAAAGUCAAUGCAGGAGAGCAGCUCUCUGUGGAUACCGUUUCUGCUUUCCUCCAGAGAAAAUUCCCCAAAGCCAAUGCAGAAAGGAUACUGGGGGAUCAGUCAGAGUAUGAUGAAAGGAGAAAGGAUGGAGCUUUGUUCUAUAAGAAGAGUGGCCUCGGUGCUCUUCCUCUGGCUUUAUUUAACGGAGUUCCCCUCAGCUCAGAUGAGAUGGAUCCAGAUGAACUGGAGACUAUCCUGUUGCAGCGCAUUAUGGACACUACUAGCAUCUUCCAGAGAGCUGUCUUCAUGGGUCAGUUGUCAGAAGGCACUGAUGUGAUCGACUAUCUGAUGGAACAGGCCAAUGUCGUCCCCAGGAUGAACUCUAUUAUUUUAAGCAAUGACCGGAAGUACCUGGACUUCACCGCCAGUCCAAUUGUGCACGACUGGGAGGACACAACUAUGUUUUCAUAUCUGGACUCCAGAGACAAAACAGCUGUGAUAGCCAAAAGAAUGAAAUAUUUUUCCACUAGUGAUUCAAGUGAAGUGACUGCUGUGACCAUGUGGGUAGUAGGAGAUUUUGACAAUGUUUCAGGAAGAAAAUUGUUAAUCAAUGCUUUGAGACAUGUGAAAUCCAGCCGCGGGGUACGAGUCGGUGUGAUUGACAACCCCAAAGGCAAACUCACAGAAGAUAACACUGUGCUCUAUCGGGCGAUCUGGGCGGCACUGCUUACACAGAAGAAGAAGACUGCAGUGGAAUUUGGGCUUAAACUCCUGAAAGAGGAGAGCAAUCAGCUCUCACAGAAGGGAAGUAAGGUGAAGGAGUUUCUGCUAAAGGGAAUGGACGAUGAUGCUUUUGAGAAGAAGUUCAAUACAAUGGAAGUGGAUUUUAUUCAGAGCCAACAACUUUUCUGCCGAGAGGUGUUGAAGCUAAGUCCUGGUGAGCGGGCAGUAAUCAGUAAUGGCAGGAUUCUGGGUCCAAUUAAUGAGCAGGAAGACUUCACUGUUGAUGAUUUUCACUUGUUGGAGAAGAUUACACUGAGUGGUUCUGCAGAAAAAGUCUCAACCAGGGUGCAGGAGAUGGGGAUCAAGCCAAAGCAGGCCACGGACCUGGUCAUGAAAGUCGAUGCCCUUUUAAACGCUGCCCCCAAAGGAGAGGUCAGAAGAGACGUCCACUUCCUGAAAGACAAACACAGCGUUCUGCAGCUGUCUCCACGAGAAAAUGAGGUGUUCUAUGAUGUGGUGGCUAUUGUUGACCCUCUCACUAGAGCUGCACAGAAGAUGUCCUCCUUGCUCAAUGUGCUCAGCCAAGUGGUCAACGUGAGGCUGCAGGUGUUUAUGAAUUGCAAGUCCAAACUAUCUGAAAUGCCCCUCAAGAGCUUUUAUCGUUUUGUCUUGGAUCCUGACGUAAAAUUCUUAGCCAAUGAUACAGUAUCAGCGGGGCCAGUGGCGCAGUUCAUGGACCUUCCUGAAACCCCUCUUCUCACCCUCAACAUGAUCACCCCAGAGAGCUGGAUCGUGCAGGCAGUGAACAGCCCACACGACCUGGAUAACAUUCACCUGCUGGAGGUGAGUGGAAGUGUCUCUGCAGAAUAUGAAUUGGAGCACCUCCUGCUGGAAGGCCACUGCUUUGACCUUUCCACCGGGCAGCCUCCCCGUGGACUGCAGUUUACUCUGGGCAUGAGCCAGAAUCCACUUAUGUAUGACACCAUUGUGAUGGCAAACCUGGGAUAUUUCCAACUGAAAGCCAAUCCAGGUGCGUUUAUCUUGCGGUUACGGAAGGGCAGAUCAGAAGACAUCUAUCAGAUCGCGGCACACGACGGCACCGAUUCUCCGGCAGAUGCGGGCGACGUCGUUGUGGUACUCAACAGCUUCCACAGCAAGAUAAUCAAAGUCAGAGUGCAGAAAAAAGCCAAUAAAAUCAACGAGGAUCUUUUGAGCGAAUCGACUGAAAGCGGCGGCAUCUGGGAAUCCAUUGCAAGGAAGUCAUCGCCCGGAUUCAUUCUGCGAUAUUAUGCUGUAAGAUCUAAUAUAGCAAAAAAUAUGUGCUUCUGUAGCAUCACUGGUGGUGGACUUAAAAAGGAGGAUGCCGACAAGAAGAAGGAGGACGUUCUCAACAUAUUUUCUGUGGCCUCGGGACAUUUGUAUGAGCGCUUUCUGAGAAUAAUGAUGCUGUCUGUCCUUCGGCACACCCAGACACCUGUCAAAUUCUGGUUCCUCAAGAAUUACCUCUCACCCUCUUUUAAGGAGACCAUCCAUCACAUGGCCCAAGCCUAUGGUUUUCAGUACGAGUUGGUGCAGUACAAAUGGCCUCGCUGGCUCCACCAGCAGACUGAGAAGCAGCGCAUUAUCUGGGGAUAUAAAAUCCUCUUUUUGGAUGUUUUGUUCCCAUUAGCUGUAGACAAGAUCAUCUUUGUGGAUGCUGACCAGAUUGUCCGUGCUGAUCUGAAACAGUUGAGGGAUUUAGACUUGGAGGGUGCGCCCUACGGCUACACACCGUUCUGUGACAGUCGCAAAGAGAUGGACGGCUAUCGCUUCUGGAGAUCUGGCUACUGGGCAUCACAUCUGGGACACAGAAAGUAUCACAUCAGUGCACUUUAUGUGGUGGAUUUGAAGAAGUUUCGUAAGAUCGCAGCCGGAGACAGACUACGCGGCCAGUACCAAGCAUUAAGUCAAGAUCCAAAUAGUCUGUCGAACCUCGAUCAGGAUCUUCCAAACAACAUGAUCCACCAAGUGGCAAUCAAGUCUCUGCCGCAGGAGUGGCUGUGGUGCGAAACGUGGUGCGAUGACGGCUCCAAAACAACAGCCAAAACAAUAGAUCUGUGCAAUAACCCGAAGACCAAAGAACCCAAGCUCACAGCGGCAGCCCGCAUCGUGCCUGAGUGGGUUGAAUAUGACAACGAGAUCAAGCAGUUACUGAGAGAGAAACAAGAGACUCUAUUAGAAACGCAGAGCUCCUCCUCACAGGCAAAAGAUAUCCAGAGAGACGAACUUUAG